UUAGUUUUUCUCAUUUGUUCAUUUUCUGCAGGCUACGCCGAGGCUGGAGUACCCUCAUUCGUUAAUUAUAUCUUCAAGUGUUCGUCCAUGCCGUUUUUCAAGACUGGUUUUUCGGCUCAGGUUAUUGGCUAAAUUUAACGAUAGGUUACGGCAAACUUCUUCGAAAUUAGCACUUGACAAUCAGAAGCGUGUGUAUCCGGCUACCUAUAUCGUCACCGUCAACACUCGAUAUUAUCACUUACUCUAAAGGCCAGAGAAGAGUGGAUGUUACGGACUGCAGAAGCGGGCAAUCAAUCAAAUGGCAUUAGAACAUUGGGGUGAGCAAGAUCACACAGAAAUACUCUGACAGUAGAUUCAAAAGCGAAAAUUCAUCGUAACCUCCUCAAAAGGGAGAGUCCCAAGAUCGUAAGGGAUCACACAAAAUCACACCAGACUUCCCCCAUUAAGUGCCUACAGUUCAAGUAAAACUAUGACGUCACAAGAAUCGUGUUCAAGUGAUGUUGGCAGCAUGCCAACUGCAUCAUCAGACCAGGAGACAUCGCAAGGAGUGCAGUCUUUGAAGGCACUGUCUCUUAACGGUCUUAACCAACAGCUAUCUCAUUCCGCAAGUGCUUCUGAAGAGUCACAGUCGAUGCCUUCGGGUUUUAAAGGACGCCCUCAUCCCGUCCUCUCAUGGGGUGAAGUAACGGAGAUACCAAACGGUGCAGCGGCCAAAUCACAUGAGUAUGUGAAACAUCCUAUAGCAGGGUCAUCAAGUAGUAGUGAACCAUGGCAGGUCAGGUCAACACAGAAUCCAUCAAGGCCUUUGGUUAGAAGACCUACUCCAAUGGCUAUUCGAGUGCCUAAAUCUGUACUUGACAAGGCAUCAAAGAAAAUGAUGGCCGCAUCAUUCGAGGAAGACGAGGAAGAGCGUGUUGUUGACGGAGAUCAAAGUCCUGUACCAGUGUCACUAAAGCAAGGAACCACUGCUGACGUCCUCGUCAUUGAAGACAUCGAGAGCAGUGACGCUGAUACCCCGUCGCCAAGAAUAUCAGGCUCGAAAGAUCUUCAUAUCGGCUUGGCAGAUGAUGGCCAUACCAACGAGUUGAGUACUGACACUGGUAGCCCAACGAUCGUCGUCCGGACAGACGUAGGUGAGGAGAUCUCGCACGAAGAUGCGGAGAAGCUAGCAGAUGCAGACGAGGGUGGGGAUGAGAAUGACGAAGAGGAGGAUGAUUUCAACGCCGAGGACAAGCAUUUCCUUUCGCCAACAGUAUCAAAGUCUUUCACGAAGAGUCCUGAACCGGAACCAAGUAACUCUCGGGUUCAGACUGUUCCCCAUCACCCACGCAAGUUUGUCCGCAGACAGACGCCAAUCAAAUUGGAUGUACCCAAGAAUCUAAAAGAUAUCAUGGCAGAGAAAUCAAGUGAAGGUAUUAUGGAGGAAGAGGAGGAGGAGGAGGAGGAGGAAACGGAAGAGAGAAAACCUAGCGAGUGUGGACAACAGAAGUCAGAAGCAACAAGUGGUCAAGUGGAUGACAAUCAGUCAUCAACGGAAAAACUGUCAUCUUCGUCUGAUGAAACCGAAAACGCAGCCAAUGCCAGCAGUGGUGCGGUAACUGAAGAGAACACCAAAAACGACGUUGCUGAAGUGGAUGUGUCAGGUCGACCAGAUAUCAUCACCUCUGUGAACUGCAAUAACAACAAUCGUGAAGCAUCUUCGUUGGACCUUGUGGGGGGAGCGAAUGGCACAGUCAAGUCCAAUGCCGGAAGAAACAUCCAGGAUGGUCCGAAGGAUAUGGGUUCGCCUACCCUUCAAAGACAAUCACUCUUCAAGAAGUCGGCUUACUCAGGUAACAAAGACGGCAGUGGGAGCCCUUCUUCGGCCAGGAGGAAAGUAUCGCCACAUCAUACCAAGAUCUUGAAGCGACAACUGACUCCGUUAGAGGUGGAUCUACCCAAACACAUCAUUUCAGAAGCUAUGAAGAAAACAUCUGACUCAUUCUUAGAGGAAGAGGAGGAAGACGAGAGCUGAACUGAAAAUUUUUAGACUCGAAUGAAUAAUUAUUUUGAUCACGUUUCUUCCAAGCGAGAUGGAACCUCGGAAGCAGAGGCUUUGACUGAAUCGAAAAGUGACGAUUUCAUUCGGUUUCAGAGAUCAUGACCUACCACCAGCAUUAUACUGAUCAACUCGCCAUACAUUACACCAUGGUUCACUUUUGGUGAUACUUAUACCCAUCCUACAAGAGAGUCACUAGAGACUGAAUCGGUAGAAAUGUGGUAGGAAUGAAAAAUCCUCGUUUUUUUUUAUAUUCGUGGUGAAUUCCAAAUACUUCGUAAAGCCACGGAACCUACUGAAUUCUCAGAGCAUUUAUAAAAAUAAUGUUCGGGUCCAUUCAAGCACUGCACGACUAUCUUUUGCUCGGUUAUUAAGAUGAACUUCAAGAAAAUCUCAACGGCUUUUUCAGAGCCUUCUUACUGUAAUAUGGAUGCACUUUUUUAUAUUCCUACAUUAUUCCAGCAUAUUAAACCAAUGAUUUGCAUGUAAGGGAAAACUGGGAUCAGGAACGUGCGAGCAUCUUUAAACUGAGGCCUAAUGAUGGGAGGUUGUUUUGUAUCAAGACGCACUUUGAUCAACAUUUAAGACAACUUCACUGGCUCGCUCUGGUUGAUUCGACUCAUAAAGGUGGAUAACUUCGACUAUAUCACAUAUUGAAUGGAUCAGUGUUUAGAGUCGUCGACGUGGUUUUCAGCCUUUCGGAUUGGUGCUACCUGAUUCACAUCUUCUAGGUGAAAUUAAUAAGGCCUAUGACCAUGAUGACAUGAAUGAAGCGAAUAAUAGGCCUGCAAUGUGGGUUUACUGAGCAAAGUACACGAAACGACAGGUUACAGUAUAAUAUUUGUCUAUACUGAAUGAAAGCUUUUUUAUGCAACGGACAUUUGCUCUCUCUUCAUUGCAUUAAACUUAUUUGCUGCUUUAUAGACAUUGCACUGCGAGAGAAGAUUAAUUGAUUUCUGCUUUCAAUUAAGAAAGAGUUUGUCGUCCAUUUACCUAAUUGCAAUGUGGGGGUAUGAGGCGCAGAUGUGAUCUUCUGUGAAGUCGUACAGUUAUCCCGCUUCGGAGAUCGCUAUCGCCAUGGAUGUAUAUCACAAAGACAUGCCGACAUUUUGCAAGAUCGUUUGUACAUUAAGCGCUCUGUCAAAGAUGUUUACAUUCUGUUAAGUUAUUCAAUUUAGGCCUGCAAGCCGAAGCGUUUUGUUUUAGCUGUCUUCAUUUCAACCACGUUGCACAUCACACGAGGACACUGCAUCAUAAGCUGUUUUAGUGUAUGUAAUGUAUAACAUUUUAAUUGUACUGUUCGGUUGAAUGCCAUAUUUCUGGUUGAUUUGAAGUAUUAUUCACACUUCGCCCUGCUAAAAAAGAACAUUGCCACUUAGUGCGUCCCAAAAUGUGACACCAUCUUCACAUGGUCAAAUAUGAACAUUUUAAAGCUGUGAAUAACAUUUUUCAUGUAGUUGUUCAUGAACAUAAACACUCAAAGUGCAGAGGUGUCCAUAGUGUGAACGUAUCAUCACACUGUUAGACUUGAAGGUUUUAACAGUGAGAAUCAUAUCUCUGCAUAGUCCACUAUGCUUGUGAGCACAUUAUGUAAACCCGUGUUCUUUUCAGUUGGGUGAUCUAUUCCACAAAUUCAUCUUCUAUUCGUGAAUGCAACACAAGAAUUAUUUAGGGUCUUACAAUGUUCGCAUUUAAAGGUGUAGUUCACCCUGCCAAAAAGAUUGUUGUAAAAAUAGCAGAAAAAAAAUCAUUAAAAAUAUUGCUGAAGGUUUGAAGAAAAUCCAAAGAAUUAAAAAGUAAAUAGAAUUUUGAUUAUUUGAUUUGUGACGUCAUAUGCGAGCAGCAUUCCUACAUAGUGAAUUGUAAAAAAAAAUCAAUGAAAUGUCAUUUUCUCAGAAAAUUGAAAGUAGUUAUUACCUGUACCUUUGUAUAUCAAUAGACAAAUCAUUUCACACCCGAUCUUAAAUAGAAAAUAAAAAUAAAUCAUCAGGAAUUGUUGGAAAAUGAAAUUCAUGCAUUUUGUAUUACAUAACAUAUGGGGAAGCUGCUCGUUUAUGAUGCCACAAAUCACGAACUUAAAAUUCUAAUAACUUUCUUAAUCUUUAACGGUUUUUCCUCAAACCUUCACCAAUAUUUCUUAUUAUUCUUUUUGCUAUUUUUAUCAAAAACUUUUCUUCAGGUGAACUUCCCUUUUAAAAUAGAAUCAUAUAUUAAUCGGUUGCUGACAUUUCGUUCUAUUACAAUACUUGAACCCCUCCAAAUAAUUUAGUAUUUGUCCUGAACAUCAUUCUCAAUGACUCCAUUUCAAGGGGUUGUUCGCCCUGAUUUUGCAUUGCUUUGAAUAAAGGGAUAAUACAAUGAGAGAAGUACUGUAUAUUACUGAAGGUUUGGUCCAAAUUCACCAAAGCAUAACAUAGAUCUGAUUUUCUCAAUUUGAAUUAUGUGAAGUCACUUAAAGAGCAACUCUCAUAUGUGUAAUGCAGAUGCUAAUAAGUGCCAUUUCCUCAUAAAAUUCAAGAUGACUUUACAUUGCAUUCCCUGUACAUCAACCUCAUGGUUAUCAUACAGGCUUCUACGAACAUUGUUCCAGUUGCCAUGAAUGAUUUUACAUGUGCAUCCAAUAGGGGGGACUAUACUUCACCAGACAAAUCAUAACUGAGAAUUUUAACAGUUUGAUUCGUAUGGUCACUUAUUCAACUAUUCCAGCACACUUGACAGUCGCACUGGAGGCAUCAACGGUGUGAAAUCAUCUUCAUACUGAAAAUUUAGCAUGGACUAUGGGAACCACACUUGAACACACUUUGCGACACUGCGCUCUUUCUAGCAGGGAUAUUAUAAUUCAAAAAAAAAAUAUUAUUUUCAGACAAAGUUCCCCUUUCCUUGAUCGUUCUCAUGUAACCAAGAUAUGAUAUGAUUCAUAAUGCACGGUUAAUAAAUGCAGUAGUCAUUUGAUGAUAUAGGCAUUAUAUCAGAGUACACUGGCACUUACGCGAACAAACCGCACCGAUGAAAAACAAAAUUAUCACGCUCAACUUGGCUCUUUAAAGAACGUCUACAUUGAAUUCGGACUCGUUAUUAUAAAGAACAAUUCAUUAUUUUCCAAUUAAUUUCCUUAUCUGGAUGCAUUUUUCCAGUUAUAUAUGCUGCAAAUGUUUAUGGAUUAGCAGUUUAAAGCUGUUUAAAUUGCCAAGAUUAGUUUCGACAUAAUUGCACUGUCCGAGACUCUUAAGUUGCUUCAAGAUUUGAUUGAUAUAUACAUGCGAAUAUUACUUCUAGUUUACUUCUGUUGGUUGACAAUUACUUGUAAAGAUGAUGUUAACGGUAAUAAAUGUCAAUCAAAAUGUUUAAUGACGAUGGUGGAAUAUAUCUUUCCAAAAAAUAUCUUGAUUAUUUUUUUUUCCAUUAUGUUAUAGCUUUCGGUUGAUAAGAGAUUUUAUACAUAAAGCGAUUCUUUUUGUCAACAAUAUUUUGAUUUUCGGGUCUUUAAUCGGUAAUAAGCAUUCAACCAUGGAUUAUAGACCACUCCUUUAGUUUUCGAUCUCAACGCUGCUAGAAUAUUAAAGUUUCGGUUUGUUAAAUGGUCUCCCAGUCGUGUUUGGAAUUACUAUUGAUAUCAAUGUCACUCAAUUGUAAUUUUCAUGUGGUUUUUCCAAUUAGGAAUAAAAGUUUCAUGCACGACGUAAAAGCGGGAAUUCCGUUACACAUUCAAUUACACAAUUACGAAAACAUGAUAUAAAUAUACUUGGAACGUAACAAUACAAAGUAAAACAGUGAUAAUGGUUAAGCCUUAAUUUUGAACAUGUACUUUAAGCUUACAAACCCCAGUUUCCUUCUACCGUAUAAGAUUGUUAUGGACAUUUCAAUUUGAUAAAGAAAGAUGAAUAAAAUGCUUGUCUUGGUAAGUACUUCUUACAAUAUGAAUAGGAAAAAAAUACCAAGAUUACACACAUUUUAUGGGUUGGCAAAUAAAUUUGUUUUCCUCAUCCGGAUAUAGGCGUACAAAUGUGUUUCUCCAUAUUUGGUGAAUUAAACCAUUAAAUUGUGUUGUAUUUGGUUACAAGCUAAGUCUGCAUAAGUGCAUUCGGAUCAUUUCUGACCGGUUUGAGCGUCAAAUUUGUCAAUCAUGAUAAAAGUACCCUCAUUUUUAAUUGCAACGCAUGUUUUUGUGAAGAUACAUUUACGAUAUGUUAAUUAUGUACAUUUCUUAAUAGGCCUAUGCUGUCUUAUUAUUGACAUCUUCCGUGAGUAAAAUAAAGAGUUUUGUAAAUCAAGUUUUAAUCUUGUUACUAAUA